AUGCGGGCGGCCGCGCAUCGGAGCGCUAAAAUAAGCCUCACCUCGAAGUACGAGAUCCGAUACGAAGGAGUCCUCUACAACAUCAACACUCAAGAAUCUAACCUCGGCUUGAAAAAUGUACGAGCUUUUGGAACUGAAGGUCGAAAAAAGGAUGGUCCUCAAAUUCCUGCCAGUGAAAAAGUUUAUGAAUACAUACUUUUCCGUGGAACUGAUAUCAAGGAUUUACAGGUCAAGGCUUCACCACCUGCUCAGAAUGCUCCUUUGCACGAUGAUCCUGCCAUUAUUCAGUCUCACUACUCUCGUCCACCACCUUCAUCUGCAAGCUUCUCUUCCGCUGGAAGUGGAAGUGCUCCUGAUUUUAACUCACAUACUGCUGAUAUAACUCCCCACACAGAUCAACUGGGACUUCAAAGUCCACCUUUCCAAGGAAACCUGCCUUUAUAUCAGCCAACAGGGAGCUUAGGGUCUUGGGGCUCCUCUCCUGCUCCACCAACUGUAAAUGGCUCUGGGCUGGCAGUGGCGAGCCCUAUGCCAAUUUUGUGGCCAGGAUACUAUGCACCCACAGGCACACUUCCUCACUUGCAACAAUCCCCUUUGUUGCGUCCACCAGCUGGACUGUCUUUUCCUCAAUCCAUGCAGCAGCCUUUGCAAUAUUUGCCUGAGUUUCCUUCUUUCUUGCCAACUGUUAGUAGUACAUUAGGUUCAACCUCCGCAACUAUGAUCCCAUCAACAUUACCUCCACUCCAACCUAGUUCACCAGCUCCUGAAGCGUCAUUUGGUGCUAAUAUGUCAUUUGUGCCACAUUCUAGUUUGGAGUUAGUUGCAUCAGGAUCUCAGCAUGUGCCUGCAAUGCUUAGUACCACCCGUAGUCUUGUUUCAAAUUCAAAUGUUAGUUACCAGACCAUGCCUCAGCCGGCAUCGUCCAUGUUUGGCUUCUCUACUUCAACGCAUGUUGAGAAGCCAAAAGCUAAUGUGUCAUUCCUGCCACAUCUAGCUUCUCAUUCAGAGCCUAGUGCAACAGUAUCUCAGAAUAUGCUUGCCAGUGUUAGUCCUAUGGUUGUACCAGCUCCCAAUGUGAAUUAUCAGAUUACGCAUCAGCCAGUGACCUCAACUGUUAUCAAUACAAAUCCUAGCCAAAUUGAAACAUCGGUACCUCUAAUUAUCCCUGAUCAGUUGCAGUCCGCACCUUUAGUUGCAUCAUCUUCUCAACAAUUACAAGCAAGAAUUAGAGUUGAAGAGGUUAAGCCAGAGGAAUCUAAGACCAAACCAUUGUUGCCUGAGCCACCUGUGCCUAUGCGUAAGGAACCUAUACUACCAUUGCCGACACAUACUCAUCAAAAGCCAAAUAGAGCAGUCUUGCAUACUCAUGAAAUUAGUAGGGGACGUGGAAGAGGGAGAGGAAAUUGGUAUCCACGUCCUAUGACCAAAUUUACGGAAGACUUUGACUUUACAGCAAUGAACGAGAAAUUUAACAAGGAUGAAGUUUGGGGCGAUCUUUGUAAAAACAAAGGCCAACUAAGAGACGCAGAAGGAGACAUUGAAGAAGAUGCUGAUAUUGUUGAUGAAGAUGGCUAUGAGCCUUCAAAAUCUGAUUCAAAGCCCAUCUAUGUUAAGGAUGACUUCUUUGACACUCUAUCAUGCAACGCCCUUGAUCGUGGAUCAAGUAAUGGACGGCCCAGAUUCUCCGAGCAGUUGAAGAUUGAUGCAGAAACAUUUGGCAAUUUCUCGAGGUAUCGUCAUGUUCGGGGUGGUGGAGGGGGUUUCCGCGGUGGCCGGACUCAUGGCUAUUACGGCAGAGGUCACGGAUACAGUGGGAGAGGGAGGGGCCAGUCCGGUCCAUAUCAACCUUUUUAGUGAAUUUGACUUGUUUUUUAGUCCUUUCUUAGUUUGUUCCCAUAUCCCUUGAGAAUAAAUCCUAUAUUGGUGUGUAUGGGUUGCGUUCCCUUUCAUAGCUCGAGCAUGUGAGUUUACAAAGGUCCAGUUUGAUUUUGUUUGGUAUAUAUAUUAAUUGUUACGUGGACUAUA